AAAAGACAGAAACUACCAUAAACAAGUGGUUUUCAGUUCUGGUCAGACAGGCGUAGUUCAGUUCAUGGAGCUCUCACUUAAUUAGCUGAAUCUGAAGCAGAUUGCCAAGAUGGCCUCCUCUCCUCUCCUACAGGUCACUCUGUCCUCCAGCCCGACUCUGAACACGUCAAUGAGGGAUCCUGACAACUUCUCCAACAUGACUAGAGGUAGCGAGACGAUCUUGAGCAACAGCAUCGGAGCGGUCGCUGGCGCGGCGAUCCUCGGCCUCGUGUUCCUCCUCGGCGUCCCCGGGAACGUCUUCAUCGUCUGGAGCAUCUUGGCCCGAGCGCGCCGUCGCUCCAUCACCACCCUCCUGAUCCUGAACCUCGCCUUCGCCGACGGCUUCCUCAUGUUGCUGACACCUUUCUUCAUGGUUUACUUGUUUCAGCGCAGCUGGAUUUUCGGCCUGGUGCUGUGCAAAGUCCUGUUCUACCUCUGCUGCGCCAACAUGUACGCUUCCAUAUUUCUGAUCAUGCUGAUGAGUCUCCACAGGCUGGUGGCGAUAGUGUGGCCGAAGCGUGUCGGCGCGCUGACGGACCGCAGGAUGCUCACGAGGGUGCUGGUGGGACUCUGGGUGCUCGCUUUGGGACUCUCUGUGCCUGUUUUGGUUUUCAGGGCAACCAACGAGGUCAGCGUAGAGCCUCAGAGUCUCGUGUGCGACUGCCUUCACUCACAACCACAAUAUGAGGUGAUGCAGUAUGGUAUGGAAACUUUACUGGGCUUCUUGCUGCCAUACGGCGUGAUCAUAGGCAGUUACGUGUGCAUCCUGCGCAGAAUCCGCAAGACGCGCUUUCGCAGACGCAUCCGCAGCGAGAAACUCAUCCUGGUGAUCAUCAUCACCUUCGGACUGUUCUGGCUGCCGUACCACAUCAUAAACAUGGUGCAGGUGGCUGCUGCUUUACAUCCAGAAGAUUCUCCCGCAAAAGAAAAGCUAAAACAGAUCAGGACGAAGCUGCGAGCACUGACCUCUACCGUGGCCUUCGUCAGCAGCUGCAUAAACCCUCUGCUUUACACCUUCGCCGGUAAGUCGUUCAUCCGGCGGGAGGGUCUGGCCUUCAUGGCGCGGCUGUUCGAGGGAACGGCGCUGGAAACAACGCGGAGGAUCCGGCGCAGCAACCAGAAUAGCCGCGACCAAGAGAAGGAGACCGAUGAGGGAGACAGUCUCAAAGACAAAGACUCAGACUCCGCCACCACCAGUGCUAACACGAACUCGGUUAUUAAAGUUGUGCCGCAGAAAAACGGCAAGUGAGCGUCUGGCUGCAGCUAGUUUCGGGGAACUCAAUCUAGCGUUGGGCUGUGCGUUGUUCCGGGGAUGCAUGGUGGGUAAAUCAGGACAGCUUGUGCUUUUGUAACAGAUGGAGGUGAAUCCAAUUUUAUAUUAUAAAAUAAAAAAUGGUUUACCAAUGGUGUACCCAAAAACAAAAGAGUAAGGAGCCCAGUGCCUAAGCCAAACCAUCACCAGACCGAGAACUGAGACAGCCACAUGGGUUUUAUACUGUACAUUGACUAAUGAGCUAAACAAGGAACAUAUUCUAACUGUUAAAACAUGACAAAGAAAGUCCGCAAAUCCGACCUGGAAUACUCUGUAUUCCAGCGCUUCCAAAGAACUGCUUCAUGUGUUUGUACAGUAGAGGGGGACACGCACCUGAGAGACAGAUGGACAGUUCAGAUCACGUCAGAAAGACCACCUGCAUGCAUGGAUCCAAAGAUUCAAGACUGGUAAACGUUGGGUUGACACUGAAAAUUAAGAUGGAACCCAGUAUCCAAGCCCUGUUUAAUUUCAAAUUGAUUUCCAUGACUUAAACAUAACAUUUCCAGUAGUUCAUGAUUCAUGUUUAAGGAUUUGGUUUUGUUUAAAGAUUUGACAGAUUUCACUCAAAUAAAUACAACUACAUUAUUAGAAAAUGCAUAGAAAUUUUCAUGACAUUUACAGUGAACCUGUAUGACAUUAAAAGAGGGUGAAUCAGGGUAUGACACUUUGUUUUUUGUCAUUGCAACAAUGACUGAGCUAAAUCAAAGUUUAAGGAUUUGUGUUUACUUAUGUCUGAACCACUGAACAAUUGUUAUUUACAUUUUAUUUUUGUUUUUUUUUUAACAAAAAUGUACUACGUCAUCAGUCAUAUUAAAUGUGAUGAUUUUGUAUUAUAGGGAUAGUUCACUCCGAAAUGAAAGUUACCCCAUGAUUUAUUCAUCUCAAGGUGACUUUCUUCUUUUAGACGAAGGCAAUCAGAAUUUUAUUAAAAAUGUCGUGGCUCUUCAAGCUUUAUAAUGACAGUGAAUAGUGGUCAAAAUAAAGUGCAUCCAUUCAUCAUAAAAUACGCCUACAUAAUGCCACUCUCUCGUGAACGCGCGUACGACAGCGGAAGCUAGAGAUUAUGGUUUGAAUAGUUUUAAAUAUGGAUAUCGUUCUUAUACAAACAUGUCGAUCCCACUCUUUGGACCUUUGCUAGGCCUUUAUUAACCCCGCAGAGCUGUGUGGAGUACUUUUUAUGAUGGAUGGAACUAUGGAAGCACUUAAUUUUACUUCAAAACCUUGACCACAGUUCACUGCCGUAAUAAAGCUUGGAAGAGACAGGACAUUUUUAAUUUAACUGAUUGUAUUUGUCUGAGAGAUGAAAGUCAUACACGGAUGCCUUGAGGGUGAGUAAAUCAUGGGGUAAUUUUUUGUGUUCUUUGUGUGAACUGUCCCUUUAAAUGUGAAGAUUUAUGAUGCAUGUAUCCAUGUGUGUUUGUGUUUGUGUUUUGGGAUUAUUGGGAGUUUUAGAGAAUACAAUUAAAAACUAAAACACUUCAAUUAUGAUCAGCUGAAAAUGUGUAAAUAUCCUUGUGGUUUUAAUAUAUGUCAUUGUGUGUGAACUGAUCAACUGUUUAAUAAUGUUCAGAUUGUACAUAAAGAGUAGGUCUAAUGAUGAACAAUGUAAAGCAAUGUAAAUUCUGAA